AUUUAAUCAGUUCAAUCAUAUUGAAGAAAUUAUUAACGGAUAACGAUCAGCUAACUAUGGAACAAGAGAAAGAAACAGACUCAAAAGAUACACCAAAUGAACAUGAUAACCACGAGGAAAAUGAAGGAUUGAAUACAUUAAAUGAAGAAGAAUUUGAAGGAAUUAAUCGAACUACGAAGGUUACGAAGUUUAAGAAAGGUCGUAAUCAACCAGGAAGAAUUUGGAAAGAAUUUAGAGUGAAGCUCAAUAAAGUUAGAAUAAAUUAG